AUGUCAGAGGCAUUCCAGAAGGAGAAGAGGUGUGAAGAGGUAAAGGUGACCACCCAGAAGCACAGGCAGAGCCUGAGGUACAGCAAGGAGGAGCUGGAUAGGCUCAACCAGGCCACCCAGCGGAUGGCUGUGGAGAUGGACAGCUCCAGGGGUCAGCCCUGCAAAGGAGGGCAAGCCGAGGACCAGCCGGCUCUGCGGGAAGACGGUGCCAAGGGCAAGCUGGCCUGGCUGGAGGACACCCUGCAGCGGGCCAAGCAGGACAUGGUGCAGCAGCUGCGCGAAUACCAGGAGCUCAUGAUUGUCAAGCUGGGUCUGGACUUCGAGAUCGCCACCUACCAGCGGCUGCUGGAGGGCGAGGAGAGCCGGUGA